UGUGUAGUUCUUUUCGGGGCUUGAAUAGCGUUGUUGUCUAGCUCUAUCGGCCUUAAAAUCGGGCCCACGAAAUAUCAGAACUCGCAACACACUAUUUUUUUGGCGGCACUGCACCUGCUAGAACAUUUGUACAUAAUCAGCUAUCUGCAACCUGCACAUUUACGGAAUGGGCUGGUUUUGGUGGGGCUCAUCGGCAAGUGACUCGAGCAAAUCUGAUAGUAAGCCCGAUUGCCACGACCGUCGGUGUAAGAGCCGGCGGACGGCGGUUUCCGUAUGCCGGAAAGCCAACCCUACGGAGCCCGGGGUGUGCAAGAAUCUAGAGAUCGCAGUUGUGCAGUGUCUGGCUGAGGGGCUGUGCAAGGAGGAGGCGGCGGAGCACAAGAGAUGCUAUACAAGCUUGUACAAGACAGGGCUGUACAAAGGCGUCGGCCACUGCAUCCUUUAUGAGGAUGCAAUGAAGAACUGCUUGAAGAAGCUGAAGCGUUUUCCGUGAACUGUGUGCCUCAUUCGCAUGCUAUGGAAAGCUUUCAUUAGUAGCUGGGUAAUUGUAAGGGGAGCAGUGGCAAUUGGUUAGAUGCUGCUGUCAGCAUCAUUCAUGUUUAAUUGCUUUGGUACGGCAGUCUAUUGGCAACGCAGGAGUGGGCACGUGUCACCUUGUCGCCACACUCCGUGCAAGGCUUAGCGCGUGACCAUGGGGCACAUGGGCUGAGGCAGCAACAGGUAGAGGGCGAGAGGCAAGCCAAACGAUACGGCAGGAGAACGGUUGACGGGGGCCUUCGGCGCUGCCUUGCGACUUUGGUGACCUGGUCACCGGGUACCCACGUGCCGGCUGCACAGUUGCGGCCGUGCGGGGACGGGGUGCCUCCAUGCGGUACUUGGAAGUCAGGCGGCUCAGGCGCGCGUACGAAGAAGACCCGCUGUAACAAGCAAUGGGU